AUGGCCUCCGCUACACAAUCACCUAGCUCUCCGUUCAUUUUUCACGAAUUUACUAGCAAAUUAGACAAUAGAUGUAAGUUAAGAUAUAAAGAAAUCUGCAGAAAAGUCGGUCUUGACACAACAGAUCUUUAUUUCAUCCCGUCAGCAAUGACAAUCGCGCUAGAUGCCAGUAAAUUAGUCGAUAUUGCAAAUGGAGGCCCCGAGUUAGGCCUACAAACCAACGUUAAAGUCCCACAGAUUGAGAAUAUAGAUAUCGUAAAUUAUUUAAUCCUGACAUCUUUUUACACUGGAAAAGCCUAUAAAAGCCUUGUAUGCUUACAAGUAUUUCGUGGCCGUCUGGGUGCAAUAUGUCAGAGUGUGGAAAGUGUAAAGGACGUCAAACUACACAGCUUACUCAAGGUCGGAAGACUGAAUCUAACUUUCAAUACGCCAACGGAAGACGAUGUUGUGAUGCUUGUUUCUCAGCUACGACUAGGAGGCGCUUGGUCUCCACCUACUUGCAAGUCCAGCCACCGUGUGGCUGUUAUUAUUCCCUUUCGAGACAGGAAAGAACAUUUGUUGAUUUUACUUAGCUAUUUACAUCCUCUUUUGCAGAGACAAUUAUUGGAUUACAGAAUUUUUGUUGUUGAACAGGUAAGCAAUUGA